GCAAAAGAGGAUGGCAUUAAAAUGGUUUUAUGUCGCCAUAGUAAUAGUGGCCAUGGUGUCUGCAAACUACAGCUGUAUUGCCAAAAUCGUUCGCAUGCCCCAGCAACCAUCAAUACAAACGCUGGCACUGACUGUUAAACCUUUGAAUCAAAGCUUCUCCGCGUAUGUUCUUGUUUUCCUUGGACCUUCCGAUACAGAGACUGAAUUCAACGGCGACACUCUGGAAGUCACCAAAGAUGUAGAUGAAUUUAAAGCCUUAAUGGUGAAUUAUAACGACAACAUGAACAGGAGGAUAACCUUAAGGUCGAAAUCAAAAGGGGAAACCGUUUCAAUGUACCCAAACUUAAACUACAACCUCCUUACUAAAACAAGCUUUAUUGAAAACACCUGCUACGUCCAGAUAGAAAAGGAUGCAAUGGGAGAACGCACAAAAUAUACAGCUACAGUAUCAUCAUUUGCAGACAGAGGGGACUUGGAGAACUUGUCCAAGUAUUUUAUUGCAUACAUACGCGAUAAAUCAGGCGCCAUUGUACAACUAACGACACGCCAUCUGAAUGAUACUGAAAAUGAAAAUGUUGUCAGUUAUUACAAAUACCUCGACACUUACUAUUCAGGAAGUAAAACUGACAGUUACAAUGAAUACUAUGCCAUUCUGAACUAUCCCGCAAUCGAAGCGGAUGGUAUCACUGUCCAAAGUUUUGGCUUUGUUUUGUAUGUUUCAAGCUCAGAUUAUUAUGGAAACGACAUGACGAUAAAUCGCAGUUGGUAUUAUCAGAUCGUCUAAACGCAUAAUUUAGAAGCUGUUUAAUACCAAUACCUAUACGUUUUGAAAUAAACAAAAUGAUACUUCA